UAGAACAGUAGUGACAAGUUUUCCUCUUCAGCUUCUAUGCACACUUUCAUUGAGAUACACAUACCAUUUACACACACAUACACACUUUAAAAUUGACACAUGCGAUAGAAGGUUUAAAACAAAUAGACUUCAUAGUUUGUUGCAAAGUUUAUACAUUUUUGAACUAAUUUUCGAUUCAAAACAAACCGGGACAGAUGUUUUAGAUACGAAAAACGUUAAAAAAUAACGGAAAUGAAAAUGGACGAUGGCAUGCGUUUUUUAUUCUCUUCCUAUUUUAAUCUUCUGGUUUAAGUUUUAACCAUGCGAUUGUAUGAUUGAGAUAUAAUUAACUGUACAUUUGAACAAUGUGUGUUUGUUGUAAGUUAUCGGGAACUUGUUCACGAAAAAGAAAUUGUCUGUGCACAUGUAUACAAAACGAGUUGCAGUGCUUCAAUGCAGGCACUAGCACUCACACUCUAUUUGCUUACAUUUGCACAUUCGGUCUUUUUAUAAAGGUAUUUAAAUAUUGUACUAUCCCGCUGCAAGCACACAUAACAAAAUAGUCGUUGUUAUCAGUAAAGCAGUUACCAAUUGUCCAAAAGAGACACAUACACGUAACAGCACCUAUGUAUCUCGUCACUGCGACUGUAACCGACAUGAAACGAUACCCUUUGUGCCUCAAGGCAGUGCUCGGCGUAAGGGAAAUUUGUGCAGAGAGAUAGUUUAAGAACUAAACAAACGGAGCCUCGCUAAUGAGAGAAAACGAGAGAUGGUAGUGUGGAGUGUACGAGAAGUGGCGACAAGUAACAGCGACCGCGAUCGGCAGCGCAUCGGAAAUCAAAAAUGAGUCGAUAUGAGAGUGUUUCUUUUGUGCGCGCCAAAAGCGAGCGAGUGAGUGAGCCACGCUGCCAAGAGAACGGGAAAUCAUCGGCUCACAUGCCAUGAACGCAAGCCGAUAAAGCAGUUUAAUUUUUAUCUUCAAUUCAUACAUAAUAUUUACACCCAUAUAAUUAAGUAAAACAGAAACAGGAAGUAAACAAACUAGAACGUGGGGAAAACGAAAACAUGUACUAUGUUAGCAUGUUAGAAAUUAUCAAGCUAGGAAGGCGAGAAAGUCCUACUAUACCUGCUGCAAAUUAACUUCGGAUUGAUUGAUUGAUUGAUGUGAGUGUUUAUUAAGGUGUUCGUUCUUUUGAAAUACUUUCAUUGCAUUACGAUACUUCUUAUAGAAUAUACGAAAACAGAGCAUACACAUAGCGAGAGAAUAUGAGCAGUAGCAAAAACAAAAUAUUCUUUGCAGUAGAUGUUAAGAGAAAUCGAAUUAAAUUCAUUACAACCUUACUUAUUUUCUAAUAUAAUGCUAUUGAUAUAUAAAAAUGAAACUACAAACUAUAAUAAAUUAUUAUAUGAUAAACAGCAGAAAGCAGAUUUGGUGCGGUGGAAGAAAGAUGAAAAUGAGUAGAAAAAAGUAAGAAUUAUGAAUGCGUUGGCUAAAACCUGUAGAGCAGAUUUAAAAGUGAAGAAAAAAUAUUACUGUAUUUGUUUGAGUGUGUAUCUUCUCCCUAGCGCGUACAUCCCCCCAGUAAUUAGAGCAAGAGCGAUAAAAGCGGUAAACAAAAAUGAACAAAAUAACACGAAAAAAUAUGUGUAAAAUUGUAUGAUGGAUGUUUUCUUUUUUAGCGUCUCUUAAUUUUGAUAUGUUUUAAUCCAGAGCAUCUUGCAUAUUGAGAAAGAAAAUCCUUGUUUUAAGUAGUUACAAGUGGUUUACCACAUAUUGGAACAUCACCAUCUAGGUAAAACUUGUUUUUUUACUGACGAAAUAUUUCCGCUAGUUUUCUUCAAAAUUUGUCGGUGAAAGGACCUAUUAAAAGUUCCACUGUUACCGAUCCGUGUGGUGCUUGUGUUGAUUUGGGGUAUGAUUUCUAUAUCACAAAAGGGUAGCGUGUUAGUGAAAGCGUAAAGCAAAUCGAUUGAUUAUGAUGGUUGAUGUAAGUGAUGAUGAUGAUGAACAAUAGAUGAUAAACGUGAGUGAUCUUUUAUCGUUGUUGACGAUGAUAAUGAGAUGCAAGAAGUGACGAUAUUUUUGCGGGACUGCGCGGGACGAGAGCGAACGAUUGCGACAUUACCUGAGAAGAAUGUGAAAUGCGGUUGAGAUGGAAGUGCGAGAUAACGCGGUAGCUCUGGUGACUGGUGGCGCAUCCGGCCUGGGACGUGCAACAGUGGAACGCUUCGCCCGGACUGGAAGUAAAGUGCUGCUCUGUGACUUGCCUACCUCUAAAGGUGACGAAGUUGCCAAAGAACUGGGGAACAAUGUCGUCUACGUGCCGGUUGAUGUUCUCUCCGAGCAGGAUGUUACCAACGCUGUGGAUUUGGCAAAAAGCAAAUUCGGUCGGUUGGAUGUGGCAGUCAAUUGUGCCGGUAUAGCCGUUGCCGUCAAGACGUAUAACUUCAACAAAAAAGUGCCUCACAAGCUGGAAGACUUUCAAAAAGUGCUGCUGGUUAACACAGCCGGAACGUUCAACGUGAUUCGUCUAUCAGCCGGUCUAAUGGGUGAGAAUGAACCCAACAAGGAUGGACAACGUGGUGUGAUCGUGAAUACAGCCUCAGUGGCAGCAUUCGAUGGUCAAAUUGGCCAGGCGGCGUAUGCUGCUUCGAAAGCCGCAGUCGUCGGAAUGACCCUUCCAAUUGCUCGAGACUUAAGCACGCAGGGAAUUCGCAUCUGCACAAUCGCGCCAGGGUUGUUCAAAACACCCAUGCUGCAGGCUCUGCCGGAAAAGGUGCGCGCAUUCCUGGCGAAAACCAUUCCAUUUCCUCAGCGUCUCGGGGAACCCUCGGAGUACGCUCAGUUGGUGGAAUCAAUUGUCGAAAAUCCGCUACUCAACGGUGAGGUCAUUCGUUUGGAUGGCGCUCUGCGUAUGAUGCCUUAGGAAGUUUGUGGCAUAAGAGGUAUUUUUGACCAGUGUUACGCAAUUAGACCGAAAACAGAUGCAUUUACUAGUAGUUAGUUACCGAGAGACCGGUCGUAUAACGAUCAUAGCCUGUUGUAAUGCCACGCAGUGCAUUGUUAUUAGCUUUUUUUUAAACAUCUAGGAGCAUGUAUCAUUGCCUGGUUUGGAAUAAAGUUACAUUUGUGAGGUGUGAGGUUUUAUUAAAA